AUGGUGUUGGAGCAACCCCAAGAACCCCGGCAGCAGCAUCAGCAGGAGGCAGAUUCGAAGCCACCGACCCCUGUCAUAGCCCGACGGAAGUUUGCCAAACCGCCCGUAAAGGUAGCUUGUUUGGCCUGUCGCGCCUCCCGGACGCGCUGUGAUGGCCAGGAGCCAUGCUCCAGUUGCGUCAACAAAGGCAGGAAAUGCUCCUAUCUGCCUAGCAAGCGUGGAGGUCCCCGAAAGAAGAAAGUCCCGGCUCCUGCUGCUCCUCCAGCAGAGGUUUCGCAAAAUGGCUCCUGGAACCCUGCUCUCGUGCCAGCGACACGAUAUGAGGAAGCGGAUGCUGCUAUGUUCGGUCAGAUCGAUCCCAUGUCUCUCCCGGGGGCUGGCUUGAGACAUCUCGACUUUCAAGACGUCCAUGGGAUGUUCGAUGGCAUGUUUAUUCCCAGGGAAGGAGAGCACCCUCCGGCUGUCCCGCAGUCGGCUCCGACGCCAGUUCGGAAACAGCCCAUGGUGAGAGCUUACGGCAGUGAGCAGGACAUAUUGAACGCAUAUUACGACUUCAUCCACCCGUAUUUUCCGGUGCUCCCGCCGAGAGUGACUGGUCCUUGUCCCGACCAACCGUUGGAUCACGCAGGUUCCCAGCCAAACUCCUUGUCUGAGGAGCCGUCCCUUGUCUACCAGCCAUGCUCUCCAUUAAGUCUCGCCAUUUCCGCAAUUCUAGCGCUUGUUCCUCAUCCCAAUGACCCUGACCCAUCAGAUCCGAGCUCGGUGCUUCUGCGAAGAUCAUAUGCACAGACCUACGCACGCCUGGCAACGACGAGUAUUGAGGCCGAUGGCGAACUGAUUGACUCCGUUACCCAACCGUCACAGGCCCUGAACUAUGCACAACCAUCCAUCAAUCGACAGCCACUUCAUCCUCGGACCCCUGUGGAACUGGAAGCCAUUCUUGCACUGUUGAUUCUCUGUGUGUACGAGUACGCGCAACGUGGGAAUCUGAUGAAGAUGCGGUAUCGUGCCGGCCAGGCGUUGGUGAUAGCAAUGAACAUGUCUCUCCAUGCAUUGGGACCGGAGCAGGACGAUUUUUCCGAAGCUCGACGACGGGCGUGGUGGAUGACUUACUAUUGUGUCCUUCAAGGCGCGAUCAUUACUUCAAAUCCCCCUACGGUCAUGAUUAACGAUCCUCGUUUCACAACCCCGUACCCCCAUUUUGCAUCAGACCCCGAGGGAUGGUCAAUACUGAUACAAGCACAACAAGUACUGGUUACUGCAAGUCAAUUCGCCGUUGAUCUGCAUAGAUGCAUCAAGUCGCGGUCCAAUAUGCAAUUUAUCUAUGAACAAAUGAAGCAACUCGAUGCAUGGGCAACUUCAGUGAUGACACAAGCAAACACCCCUCCGAGUGUUCCACCCCCUGGCCACCUCAAUAAUGGAACGGAAUUCAUCACUGCACGAAGCAUUCGAGCAAUAGCGAGGAUCAAGGUGUCCAGUGCUCAUAUCAAGACUCAUCGUUUCCGCGCCUUCUCCGACAUUCCAAUCUUCCUCAAAAAGCAUUGUGACCUUUCACCACAAAACUCGAAUCCCGAAAACCCGUACCAUAUGAUGAACGCUAAUAGAGAGAUCAAUCCAAUUUCCUGCCAAUGCCAUGGUUUCGAGACAUCUGCCCAUCUGCUUGGUGGAGAGUAUAGCGGCUCUCCAUCUGAGUCGUCCACGUCCUCCGGUUCUGGUUCACUGAAUCCCCACUACUGCGGGCUCGGUCCUGGAUUUCCCUUCAGUAGCCAGCAUUCGGCCAAGGUGUGCCUUCGGGCUGCGCUAUUUAUCUCGCAUAUGUUCCAGAGUCUCCCAUACCCACAGCCAUUUCGUCACAGCAAUCAGGCUGGCCCUGGCUCACAGCUCGAACCCUAUCCUGACCCUGCAAGGUUGGAUCCUCGGACACAGCUACCUCGCACUAUGCCAUCGUUCGCGUGUUGCGCCAUGCAGAGCAGUUAUGCGUUACUUAUGCUCUUCUACAAGACGCGUGUGGCGCAACAAGGGCCGUCGGACGCCGAGCGCGACAGCGAGAAUCCUUCCUCUACGGAGCGCCUAGUUGACGAGCUCCGACAUGGUUUAGAGCGUAUUAUUGGCGCUGUGACGAACUAUUCCAGAGCUUUCGAGGCGCUAGAUGGGAUGAGAGACGAAAUUGAAAGUGCAUUCCGUACAGCAUUCUCACAGUCCUGA